AUGAGUCAACUCUGGUCGUGCUACAUUGCAGACAAUGUCGAGCGCUUUCGACGCCUGCUCGCCCUGACGGGCCACAGUGCCCAGGCAGCUGCUGUUUGGAACGCGAAUGCAGGCGCCGCCAGCGGCGGCGGCAGCGCCGGAGGAGGUGGUGGCGGCCCUAGUGGCUCCGGGGAUGCCGGAAGCAGCCCCCACGGGACGUCGCCAAGGGCUCCUGCCGGCAAACCACGCAAAGCGUCCGGCUUCGGUGCGGGUUUUGGUCCGGCCAAGGCUGGGGCCGGUGGUGGAGGCACCAUUGGCAAGGCUGAAAUCAACAGCCGGGACCAUGCCGGCUUGACUCUCCUCCUUCGUGCUGCCGCAUCUACUUCCGAAACCGGCAUUCUUUUCGUCGAAGCGCUUCUCGAACACCCCGCGAUCGACAUCUACGUACAAGACCCAGAAAGCGGCUGGAAUGCGCUGCACCGCGCCCUCUAUGCCGGCAACAUUUCCAUCGCACGGCUGCUCCUCCUGAAGGAGCGCAAGGACAUUGCUGGCCAGACCCUGGGUGCGCCCGUGGGCCGUAUCGGACAGUUGAUCAAGACCAAGGACCACGAGGGCAAUAGUCCCUUUGACUUGUACAACUCGAUCAUCGGCGAACGGCGCCUCGCCGCCCUGGACAACACGGCAGCACCUGACGGCGACGACUCCGACGACGAUGAUCACGCUAUCCAACAAAAUCACCCCACUGGCUGUGCCAACCUUCAGGCACUCGUCGACGGCGAAGACCUCUUCUUUUUUGGCAGCAACAAGAACUUGACCCUCGGAAUGGGCGAUGGUGACGACCGCCAGUUCCCGGAGCGCGUGUACCUCAAGCGACCGGAUCACCUGGUCCGCCGUUUCUACGAGGAGCAUCUCGAAGAAACCAAGCAGCUCGACCCAACCGACAUUUCGCCGUCACCGACCGACGGCAUCGACAACAUACCCGCUCUGAUCCAAGGCCGCCCCCUUUUGAUCCACGACGUGGUCUUGUCCAAGUUGCACAGUGCUAUCUUGACCGCAGACCCGGUGUCGAACCUCUACAUGUGCGGCAUUGGCCGCGGCGGCCGUCUGGGCCUCGGCGACGAAAACACCCGCUUCUCCUUCGAGCCCGUCCAGGGUCCGCUCACCGACCGGAAGAUUGUCCAGGUCGCCCUGGGCCAGAACCACAGCAUGGCCGUUACCGACAACGGCGAGCUCUGGACUUGGGGUGCCAACACCUUCUCGCAGCUCGGCUACGCCCUGCCGCCCUCGCCCAAGCGCGAUCAAGACCCCAUGACAGCCACCCCGCGGCAAGUGUUUGGGCCUCUUCGGAAAGAGGCCAUCCUGGGCGUGGCUGCGUCUGCCCUGCACUCCGUGGCUCACACGGGAUCGUCACUCUACUGCUGGGGCAAAAACGUCGGCCAGCUUGCACUGAUGGAUGCAGACUCGCGCUCGCUCGACGUACAGACCGUUCCGCGUAAAGUGGCCGCCUCCCUCUUCUCGUCGCCCAUCGUCUCCGUAUCGGCCAUCGACAAGGCCACGACGUGUCUCCUCGCGAACCACACCGUCUGCGUCUUCACGAGCUACGGCUAUAAGAUUGUCAAGUUUCCCUUUACAGAGACCUUCGGCCAUCGUCUUGGCAACUUCAACAUGUCCUCGCGCUACGAUGCUGGCCGCAACCAGAUCAACUACAUUGCCUCCGGUGGGGAGACGAUUGCCGCCGUCACAAGCCGUGGUGAUCUCUUCACUAUGAGCCUGACCAACCUGGCCGAGAGCAGCCAGUCGGCUACGUCGACCACCAACCCUUCCAAAAUCCGCGACGCCCUGACGACGCCGCAAUGCAUCUGGAAUGCCCACAAAGAUGGUGUGCGGUCUGUGGACGUGGGCGAGCAAGGCUCUGUCAUCAUAUGCUCGCACUCCGGCGCUGUGUGGCGCCGUAUCAAGCGUGCCAAGGCCAAGGAUGCGCAUGUCAGCGGUGGCGGUGCCAUCAAGAACCAGAAGAAGAAGGACUACAAGUUCCAGCGAGUGCCCUACAUCACAAACGUGACCACCGUGCGCAGCUCCGCCUUUGGUGCCUUUGCGGCCAUCCGGCGCGACUCGGACGUCAUCAAAGAGCAGAUUGGCGUCGAGGAGCAGUCGCUGUGGGAGGACGUCCGCCCGCUCAUGGCCAUCAGCGACUUUACAUCAACGGAGCCGGACACAAAGGACGCUGACAAGCUCAAAUUCUGGGACGCCACCUCCCUCCAGGAGCGCCUUGGCCCUGUGGCCUACCAGAUCCUGCGCGCCAUCGACCUCGAGCGCGACCUGACGGACCAUCUCGCCAACUGGGAAUUUGAACAUCGAGGCUCGCCUGCCCCGGGCGUUCUGGUCUGCACCUCCCAGUCGCCGGAGAUUCGGAUCCCCGUGCACAGCUGGAUCGUCUCUGCGCGCAGCAGUGUUUUGCGCGAUGCACUGGCGCAGUGCCGGCACGGCGACGGCACGUUUGAGCUUGCCGAGGUGCUGUCCAUCCAGACAAAGCAGACCGACGGCGGGGACAGUGUUGCUGUCAUCACCUUCCAGGGCCUGGACUUGCUCAGUCUGCUGAACCUUGUUUUAUACAUGUACGAGGACAAGGUCAUCCCGGUGUGGAACUAUGCACGCCAGGCGCAGCCGCUGGCGCAUCGCUACCGCCACGUCCGGACGGAGGUCAUGAAGGCGGCGACGCGCCUGAACAUGCUUCAGCUUGAAGCUGCCGUGCGCAUCCAGACGGAACCAAAACAGACAAUGCACGACGACUUCCGGGUAGCCAUGCAGGACAGCCGCUUCUUUGAAGAUGGUGAUGCCAUUUUGGAACUGAACGGCGCCGAGUUGCCUGUGCACAGUGUGUUCCUGUGCCAACGCUGUCCUUGGUUCGAGGGUCUCUUCCACGGCCGCUCUGGUGGUCAAUGGUUGGCCAAUCGCCGCCAGACGUCCACCCAGUCCGUGACGAAGAGCAAGAUCAGGCUAGACCUGAAGCACAUGGACCCCAAGGCUUUCCAGUUUGUUCUUCAGUACCUGUAUGCCGACGUGGGCCCCGAGCUGUUUGACGGCCUGGUAUCACCGGACCUCGAGGCCUUUUUUGAUGCCGUGCUCGACGUCUUGAGUAUUGCCAACGAGCUGAUGCUCGACCGCCUGUCCCAGAUCUGCCAGCUGGUCAUUGGCCAGUUUGCUACGACACGCAACAUUUCGCACCUGCUCAACACCGUUAGCGUCUGUGUUGUCAGCGAGUUCAAAGAUGCGGCUCUCGAAUACAUUUGUCUGCAGAUGGAGACGAUGCUGGAGAACCACUUGUUGGACGACCUCGAUGAAGAGCUGCUCCAGGACCUGGACGCCGUCGUCCGCGACAACCAACUGGCGCAAAUGCCCUUUGCACGAAGUGGCCGUGCCAUGGCCGAUCUCCUGCACAAGUAUCCCGAGCUGGCCCAGGACAUGGACGAGGAGCGGCAGCGCCGGGUGCGCGAAAUGGCAUUCAAGGCGGCACACCGCGACGACGACCGCCGAACGCUUUCGUCCUCCUUCAAGGGCCGUGCUGGCAGUGUGGACGACAGCAGCAGCGGCAGCCUGUUCAUGCCGGCCGCUUCGCCGAGCGCCGAGCGCGCAAGACGAAAGUCUCGGACGAACAAAAACGAGCAGCCGAUGAGCCCUGUCUUGCGGCCCAAGGCGUCGCAUGCUGACCUCAUGUUUAGCAUGGAAGAGGACGAAGCGACGGGCGGCGCCCUGGCAGGGACGCGACCGGGCAGCCGCAGCGGUCCGGCUGUGGUGAGGACCGACGACGGCCCUGACGAUGGGACGGCGCCAGUCUCUCUGCGGGACGAAAGCGGUUUUGGUGUCUCGCCGUCCCAUUCGCGGCCUGCGGUUAACGCCAAUAUCGCUGGCUCGUCGCCCGUCUCAAGCUUCGCACCGCCAACAACACCUGCACGCCGCCCAGGUGUUCUUACAAAACGUGGUGCAGCUCCGCCUGCACCCGCACCGGCCCCAGCGACAAUGACGCCCAAAACGCCAGCAGAAACCGGCGCCAAGCCGUGGGGCUCGCCAGCGGCGACACCGCCGACAGAGCGGCUGAAUAUACGCUCGAUCCUGACGGAGACGGUUUCGGCGCCCUUCAUCGACCCCCGGAAAUCUGCACUGUCGGCCGGUCUCAAAGAACAGCGACCCGGUCUUGAUGAUGCGCCGGCUGUUUCGUUGCCGAGAAUUGCGGCGCCCAAGAUGUCACAAAAGGAGCGAAAGAAGCAGCAACAACAGCAGCAGCUCCUACAACAAACCCAGUCUCUUGCCAAGAGCCUACCAAAGGCCCCGGCCUGGGACAAGAGCGCAGUCCAAUCAUCGCCCUCGGCAGCGGGCCCGGCCAAGCAGCCCGCGACCACGCAUCUUGCGCCGCCGCCGUCUACGUCUCCCCUGGCCACGUCUGGCACCAGCACUCCGUCCGGAUCCGGCGACCCUGCACUGGGAUCGCUGCCCAAGCCACGCGGCAAGAAGCCUCUGCAUCACAGCCCCCGGACCGCCUCGCCAGACACGCGCUUCGCCGGCCAGCCGCGGCCGAGCGCGACCGGCUCAUCGUCAUCAAAGCCAGCCAAUGCUGCACCGCUCGCACCGCACUCCAAAGUGUACAUCAAGCCGGCGCCCAAGGCCGAGCCUGUGCUGGGCCUGACCAUGGCAGACAUCUUUUUGCAGCAACAGCUCGAGCAGGAAACGAUGAAGGAGGCGGUGGCCAAGCGCAGCUUGCAGGAGAUUCAGCAGGAGCAGGCGUUCCAGGAGUGGUGGGACCAGGAGAGCCAGCGGACGCAGGAGGAGGAGACACGGCGUCAGCAGUCACGCGGCAAAAGUGGUUCAAGUGGUGGUGGCCGGAGUGAAGGGGGGCGUGGCCGUGAGGGACGGAGGGGUGCCAAAGCAGCCGAUGCUCGCCAGAACACCAGUGCGGCAGCGUCGACGUCGUCUCGCAAGCACAGGCCAUCGACGACCAACAAAGCAGCGACUCGAGGGGAAGGGACAGGGGGUGGAGGUGGCGGCGGUGGAGGUCGCAACCAACGCGGGGGCCGUGGUGGUGGGGAUGGCCUCGGCCAGCACCAUGCGGAAGCUGCUGCCGGUGGAGAAGGCGGAUCUUCUCGACGACGGGGUGGUGGUGGUGGACGAGGCGGCAAGGCAUAG